CCCUGAGCAUUGCCAGCCGGACUGGGCAGAAUACACCGCCGCCAGUUCUCUUUGGAAUCACCUCUGCGCAUUCAUUGCAAAUAUAACCGCACAGCCCGAGGGUAUUCCCCAGCGAUUCAAAUGGAUUAUUGUCAGGUUGCGUAGACUGCAUUUAUCACCUAUUCAUUUCGGUAGUUGUGGCUGGUACCCAUCCAGCCUGAAGGUCACAAGCGGAGCGUUGAAUUUAGGCUGGAAAGACAACGGACUCGCAGCUCAGCAACCUCCGCGUCCGCCGCGCCCCUUCAGGACCUCCUCCAGACUGCUGACCCUGGGACCUCACCAUCUGCCAAGUCAAACCUGCACCAACAGCUGAACGCCACCUCGUCCAUGUUCUCCUAAUUUAUGGACCGCCACCCAAGGAAUGACGAGCUGCGACAGAGAAGGAGUGAGGCGGGGAACAUUGUGAACCGCAGCAGGACCUGAACCCCCAAAACACGUGGCUGAUUUGGACGAGGGGAGGGGGAGGCGGAGGGGUGGGGCUGGGGAAAGAGGAAGACUAGGUGCAGGCUGGAUUGAAGGACUGGAUGCUAGCCCCACUGGGCCCCAGCAGGUCCCAGCUCCCACAGAGAUGGCCUCCAACUUCAACGACAUCGUCAAGCAGGGAUACGUACGCAUGCGCAGUCGGAAACUGGGGAUUUACCGUCGCUGCUGGCUGGUGUUUAAGAAGUCAUCCAGUAAAGGGCCGCGCAGAUUGGAAAAAUACCCUGACGAGAAGUCGGCGUACAUCAGAGCCUGUCCCAAGGUGACAGAGAUCAGCAACGUGAAGAACAUCACACGGCUUCCGAGGGACACAAAGCGCCAGGCAGUAGCCAUCGUCUUUACCGAUGACACCUCCCGCACGUUCACCUGUGAAUCAGAGCUGGAAGCAGAGGAGUGGUUCAAAACCCUGUCAAUUGAAUGCCUAGGGACCCGUCUGAAUGACAUCAGUCUAGGCGAGCCAGACCUGCUGGCGGCAGGGGUUCAGUGUGAACAUACAGAACGUUUUAAUGUGUUCCUACUGCCCUGUCCUAAUCUGGACAUCUAUGGAGAGUGUAUGAUGCAGAUCACCCAUGAGAAUAUCUACCUGUGGGACAUUCACAACCCACGCACCAAACUGGUCACCUGGCCGCUUUGCUCCUUGAGACGCUACGGACGGGAUGCCACACGCUUCACCUUUGAGGCUGGAAGGAUGUGUGACAGUGGAGAAGGCCUAUACACAUUCCAGACGCGGGAGGGAGAGCAGAUCUACCAGAGAGUCCACUCCUCCACCCUGGCCAUCGCAGAGCAGCACAAGAGAGUUCUUAUGGAAAUGGAGAAAAACAGUAGAUUAAUGUCUAAAGGUUCUGAGGCGGGCUCCUACCCAUGCACCCCCACGGCAAUCCUCCCACGCAGCGCCUUCUGGCAUCACAUCACUGGCACCCAGGGGGGCAUGGAGCCAGGCCACGGUGACAUGUACGGCGGUUCUCAGACUGACGCCGAUGCCGAGCUGCUCUCCACCCGGCUUCCCUCUGAGCCACGACACGCUACCGUGCCCCUGGCUCACAGCCGACAUUCCCCCGCCCGCUACCCCACCUACCCCAGCCAGUAAAUCGUUGGGGUGCUUUGCAGACCCCCGUCUUCACCACCACAACCCACACUGCGCCCGGCACCUCUCCCAUUCGCCUUUCUCUGCAGGAGUCACCUCGAACCCCACGCCACCCCUCAUCUACCCUCGUGCCAAAUAGGGUGGGGAGAGGGCUCUCCCGUGGGGUCAUAGGGACGACCUUGCAUAACGUUGGGAACUCUGUGAAGCAGGGCCUGACAGCGUCUCCGGUCUUCUCUCCAGUAGAUGAACCAAAGGGCUGGUUACUUGAAGGAACUUGUACUCCCAGAAUCCCUCACUCUGGGGGGCUAAGUGCAUUGUGGUGUUAUAAGCAGACAUUGUGGCACUGUGCAUCUUUCGCUGUCUCUAUGCAUAGCCCCCUGGAGGAAGAAGAGGAGGAACUCUGCUGUGGGUGUGGAGGAGCAAGAUGAGAAGUGAUGCAAGCUGUGAGGCCUGGAUUUGUGUGGGCCUCCUUCUGUUUUAUCUGACAGGAGUCAGUCAGCUCUCUGGCACCUCAACCCACUUUCCAACCUCUACAUGUACCUCAUGUCAGCUCCUAGCAUUGUUCACUGUUAGGGGCUCAGGACAUGCCCAGUAUAGCUCUGAUUUUGGGGGGAGGACAUUAAGGACCCCUACCUAGCAUCCCUGCUCUCCAGCAUGAUAAUGAUUGUGGCGCUCGCUCCAACCCAUAACCUCAAUCUGACAGACACGUAUGUAAGACAACAGCUUCCUCCUAUCCAAGAACUGGCCUUGGUAUCGUCCUUUAACUCUGUGGGCGUGUUUUGAGGAGAGGCUGUCACUGGACUAUCAUCCAAUCUAACCUGGUGUACUUCCACAGAGAAACAAAGGAAUAAUUGUCUUUCAUCUAUUUGUCUUUGUUAUUUUUGUAGCAGACAUAACAACCAACACCCUGACCUUGCCUUGUAUUCUGAAUCUGUCUGAUAGAGAAAAUAGACUUCUCUGGGAGGAUAAAGGAGGUGGUGAUGAGAGAGAGAAUGAGAGAGAAAGCUGUUGAACCAUAUGCCUAUGAAGUUGUGACUGAGACCUUGGUGUUGGCGUUUGUUCUUUUGUUUGGUUUCCUGCCAUUGGGUUCUGAAGGCUGUUCCUAUGGUAAUGGAAACUCUGCCCUCUGUGUGUACUGUGUAAACGGGAUACAUGGUUGCUGACAUUUGGCCGUUCUAACACCUAUGUUGACAGAAUUUACACCUUGACCAAACCGGCCACGAGCGUGCGUCUGCGUGUGCCAUCAUACCCCAGUUGAUUUAGUCUGUCCUCACCAGACGCGAUCAUGACAUGCAGGCAAAGUGUUAACCAACUACAUUAUUUGGUGACAGAAUGGAAGAUGCAUGAAAUAUUCAUGGACAUUUAGAUAGGUUUCUUUUAUUGGCUAAUUUGAACUCAAAAACAUUGGCUUGUUGUUUCCUUUUACUUGGAAUUAUAUAUUAAAAUAGUCCUUUUCUUGGCUUGAUCCAAAUGUCGACCCUGUGAAAAUAAUGUUCCACUAUUUAGGAUUAAUCUAAUUAUAAAAGGGGAAACCUAGUAAUUCUUUUGAAAAUUUGAAUAAUCUCUUGUUGUUUAUCUUUCAAUGUCCAAUGUGGGUUAGUGUACGGUGAAAAUAAAUGGGUAGAAGGGAGAGGUGGAACUUUCAGCUAGUUGAGUCUCUCAAAUAUAACCAAGUUCUAUUUUAGUGCCUGGCAAUCCAGACGCAUUGACACGUGCAAGCAGUUUGAAAUAAAUGAUUGAAUAACACAGACAUUGCUUGCGCACGCAACAUGAACGGUCUAGUCAGGGUGUUAGACAUGGUCAAAAAAGCAAGAUUUAAAAUGUAAAAGAAUUCACGUCACAAAGAUAAAGCCAUUCCCCUCAUACCUCCUUAUAUUGUUACAAUUGUGUAGGUCCUUUAUCGAGACAAACUGUCACAGUGUGGGUCCUCGUUUAGAUUGCUGUCAGGCACAAAAGUAUAAUGAACUAGUGAUGUUGUGAUAAUCAUUAUUAAUGUUGUGUGGUUUUAGUUUUUCAAGGUUCUGGUGUGAGGUUGGUUAACGCCUGGCCAAAAUGUAUUUUUGACAUGAUGUUUGCACUUGAAGAUGUUAUUUCUUACUUUUAAAUUAUGUUUUGAUGUAUCAAAUGCUCUUUAUUUGGUUCCCAGGGGGAUGAGCCCAAAUGGAGGGUGAGUUACUUCCAGUUUUCCAGGACUCUUUCCCCCUGGAAUAAAGUUCCAGAAGCUUCUGCAAAAAUGCACAGAUAAUGUUCUGAGUUUCUUCCCCUCUGAUAUACACACUCAUUUGUAGUGGUCGCUUUACAUUUCUUACAUGGUCUGUCAUACCAAUCCUUUUUAUGGGGAUAUAUAUUUAGGCCUUCUUGAAGUGGCCUAUAUGUGUUGUUUUAAAUUAUGUAUGGAUUAAGAAUUUUAGAAAAUACAGUUAACAAAUUGUAGCGUUGUCUACCUGUGUAAUCUGAAAAGUUGUUGUGUUUUGGCCACAGGAGAUAAAUCAGUACAGUAACAUUAACAAUGCUACUAUGUUGUUUUCUCUAUUAUCAUUGUGAUCUUGCAAACAUUGAUUCAACUUUGAUCCAACUUCAUUAAACAUGCAGCAUUUGCUAGAGUACUAUGUUCUCUACAAGAUGAGCAGAGUAGAGAAUAAUCAUUUGUCUCCCAUUUAGCUCAAUUGGUAGAGCAUGGCGAGUUGUAGGCUUGAUUCCCCAGGGAGGCUCGUAUGAAAAGUUGUGAAAAUGCAUAGACUCACUAAUCUAACUUGCUGUGGAUAAUAGCGUCUGCUAAGGGACUUAAAUGUAAAUAUGUGCAGAACAUGAUCUGCACAUCCACAGAAGCUUCAGGAUCUUUAAUCUUUGGGAAAGGGAAGUCCGCUCCACAGCCUCUCCAUAAGGAUCUGAACUAGAAGAUACUGCUGGUGGGUUAGCUAGGUCCUUCCUAGACGCCUGUUGCAUGGAGAGAGAACAUGUUUCUAUAGCAGAAAGUCUAGAACCUGCCCUCUGACAUAAGAGUAAGAUUAUAUUUAAUAAAGCUCCUUAUUUAAACCCAUCUCAAUAUUAGGAAAUUUGACUGUCUCUAGGUGUUUAUUCAUUUGUGACAUUUGAUUUCAUCCAGUUAAUGCACACUAUUUAGAGAUUGGGCUCAUAAUAAAUAUAUAUCAGUAUCUCACAAAAGUGAGUACACCCCU